AAUUAAUCAUCAACAGUGUAAUAUGAUCCCGGUCCAUGACAAGGGGACCUGCUGAAUCCUUCGGAAACCUGUCCACCGGCCUUCUUCAGACCCAGGCACCAGUGUCCGAGGACCCCAGGCUGAUGGGGGCUCAGAUCUGCUCCCAGGCUGACGCCGAGAUGCCCCGAGAGGCGCUCCGUUUCCACGCCGAGGCCGUGGGCGCGCAGGUGCGUCUGGACGCGCAGCGGAGCACCGCGCGCAGGCGCGCCACAUUCCGUGACGGCAUCGUGUUCAGCCAGCGGCCGGUGAGGCCCGGAGAGCGCGUGGAGCUGCGCGUGCUGUGUCACGAGUGCGGCUGGGUUGGCGGCCUCCGCGUGGGCUUCACGCGCCUGGACCCCGAGCGGGUGACCGCGUCCGGCCUGCCCCCCUUCGUGUGCCCGGACCUGGAGCAGCAGAGCCCGACGUGGGCGGCCAUGCUGCCCGAUGGCUGCGGGCUCACCGGGGACGUGGUGCGCUUCUGGGUGAACCGCCUGGGCCGGCUCUUCGCCCAGGUAAACGCGGGCCCCCGGCUUCUGCUGCGUAAGGACGUGCUCAUGGGCGCCCCGCUCUGGGCCGUGAUGGACGUGUACGGGACCACCAAGGCCAUCGAACUGCUGGAUCCUACAGUCAGCGCCCCGACCCCAGCCAUGCCAUGGGUCCUCAGUGAUGAAGCUCUGCCUGAGUCCAAAGUUUUGGAGGCUGGAAGUCCAAGAUCAGAGCGUUGCGGUCAGUCUCUUGUGUGGACCUGGUUCCUGGCUUGCAGACUCCAGCACUUACAGAAUCUCACUGUGAGAGAGAGAGAGACAGAGAGAGAACUCCUCUUCUUAUAAGAGACCCUCAUCCCUCACAGCCACCAGCAUGGUCCCAGUUUUAUCCGCAGCUCGGCCCCUGCCUAGACCCCGCUACAGAGAAGUAUGCUGGACUGAGAGAAGGGGCGGGCUUGGCUAGUUCUAAUCCUGGGAAUAAGAGCAAAGCAAGAGGACCAGCACUCCCCUGGCCUGGGAAAAGAUGCUGGAGGCUUCAGCCAGCAGGACAGGGUAUGAAUUUAUUUAUUUAGCUGCGUUGGGUCUUCAUUGCUGUGCGCGGGCUUUCUCUAGUUGUGGUGAGCAGGGGCUACUCUUCAUUGCAGUGUGCAGGCUUCUCAUUGCGGUGGCUUCUCUUGUUGCAGAGCACAGGCUCUAGGUGCGUGGGCUUCAGCAGUUGUGGCACGUGGGCUCAGUAGUUGUGGCUCACGGGCUGUAGAGCGCAGGCUCAGUAGCUGUGGCACAUGGGCUUCGUUGCUCCGCGGCAUGUGGGAUCUUCCCAGACCAGGGCUCGAACCCGUGUCCUCUGCAUUGGCAGGUGGUUUCUUAACCACUAUGCCACUGGGGAAGUUCAGGACAGGGUAUGAAUUCUCACUCGGCAUCACUGCUUUUCCUACUAAAGCAUGUCCACAAGUCUAAUCCUCUCAAUACAGCAGAGUGGCUAAUAUUUUGGCCACGAUUUGGAAAGCACGUUCCUAAGGGGAAGGGAUUGGUUUUUGUUUUGUGUCAUUUUUGGCCUAGGAGCAAGUUCUUUAUUAUCAGGAGUAAUUACCAAUUAUAUCCUUCACUGCUUCUGACCUAUCAUCCAAGCUCUCUGUUUACCCAAUGAAUGGUGACAGGAUACUUGGAUCAACAUCUACAAGUAUUGAGCCUGUGACUUGAGGCCAUAUAGUGUAGUAGCUAAGAGUAAAGAUCUAGAAGCAGAUUUCCUGGUUCAAGGCCAACCUCUUGACAGCUGUCUGCUCUUAUGUGAAUUACUUUACCUUCGUGCACGUGUUUCUCCUCUGUAAAAUGGGAGCCGUAACAGUUACGUUCCUCACAGGGAUGCUAAGAAGGCCGAAAAAGUCAUCCACAGAAGGUACUUAGUAGCCACUUAAUGUUUGCAAUUUUUACUAUUAUCACCCUUUAGCAGAAUUGAUAGACCCAAUGGACCCAAUCUUGAAAUCCCCACUCUGCUACAAGACAAAUCACCUCAGCCCUUAAGCACUUCCUGCCUUAUACUGACACGUGGGUCUCUGGUCCAGCUAACAAGUCUGCCCCCCCUUGAGCAUAAGGACAUGGUCUGAUACUCAUGUAGUGGGCACUCAAAUAGUUUACCAAGCAAAUUAUUCCAAA